UGUAAUUCCAAAUGCAACCCUUUUAUAUUCACUUUGAUUGAAAUACGAUGGUAGAUUAAGCCUUUUGGGAGACGUGCCCUGAACCCAAACACACUAGUGAAAACUUUCUUGACAGAUCGCAAAACAACAAACGCAUGAGAUUUUUGACCGCCAACUUCACGAAUACCAACAUGAAGAAUUUCAUUUUAGUGAUUUUAACGAUUUGUGCAAGCAUGGAGAUUCCAGUACGAGCUGUUUGGUGGACUUUAGGAACUCAAAUAGCAUCUUCAGAUCCAUCUAAAAAGGCAAUGUUGUGUUUUGUCACACCGGAGCUAAACGUUAAACAACGCGAAGCCUGUCGCAAGCAUCCUUCUCUAAUGCCACAUGUUGCUUCAGGUGCUAAGUAUGCGGUUGAAGAGUGCCAGCAUCAGUUUCGUAACCGGCGAUGGAACUGUUCUACAAUCAAAGAAUCGGGAUCAUUGUUUGGAUCAGCCCUUCAAAAAGCUUGCAGAGAGGGCGCAUUCGUGCACGCCAUCACAGCAGCAGGCGUGGCGCAUUCAGUAACUGCAGCCUGUUCUUCGGGGAAUAUCGAGAGCUGUGAUUGUGAUCGCUCAAAAAGCGGUUCUUCAGGAAAACAGUGGACUUGGUCAGGAUGCAAUAGUAAUGUGAAAUUUGGGACGUCCUUUAGUAAACAGUUUACCGAAGCUCAAGAACGUGGGAAUGGGCUGAGAUCGAUUAUGGAUCGACAUAACAGCAGAGCAGGAAGAAAGGCGAUAUCUCAUCUAAUGUGGCGCAAAUGCAAAUGUCACGGCUUAUCAGGGUCCUGCUCAAUGCGAACGUGCUGGCUUCAGCAGCCACAUUUUCGUCAGGUUGGCGAGUACAUAAAGGAAAAGUAUAACAGCGCCGUCGAGAUGACGAUCAAACUCAAUCGAAAGGGAAAACAGCGACUCAAACCUUUGUACAAGCAAUUCAAGAGACCCUCGGAUAACGACUUGAUCUACUACGAACCUUCGCCGAACUUCUGCGAUCCAGACCCGAAGUCUGGUUUUCUGGGUACAUCGGGUCGGGAAUGCAAUAUUUCGUCUUCGGGAAUUGAUGGAUGUGAGCUGCUGUGCUGUGGAAGAGGACACAAUGUGCAGCAAACCAAGGUGACGAGGAAUUGCGACUGCUUUUUUUUGUGGUGCUGUGAGGUGAAGUGCAAGAAGUGUAAGCAGCUAGUAAAUGUCUACACCUGUAAAUAGUUCUAAGAAAAGAAAUUUGGAUAUUUGCAAUCCGGGGAACUCAACAAAGACAAACUGUAAUAUGUUGAGAUGGUAUCCUUUGGUUGCUGCCUUAGUGACCAACGUGCCAUGCAUUCCUUUGCUUAUUUGAGAGGAUUUAGAUCCGUGGAUAGCAUGCAAGCGUUAAUUGAAAAUAAUUUCGAUACUUGAAAACAUUCUAUGGCUGGAGCGAGUUGACUGACGAAGAAACGAGCAUUUUGUACCAUAACAUUCGAUGCUUGGAUCGAUUGAAAUGACUCAUGGACAGUGACAACAACACUCCACCUUAGACCGAGUAUUCAAUUCAAUUGUAAAUUAAUUUAGCUAGCCUGAUUCUUCUGUAUCUAGGCUGUAAUUCGCUGUAGCUAGAUCUAACACAUGUAGAUAGUAAUAGUAAACACCAAUGACCAAUAGCA